CAUGUAGAACGCCUAUAGGUUCUGUCUCUCUCUCUCGGAUGUAAUACUCGUGCUUGUUGGCGGAGAUACCGGCAUGUGUGCGGAUGUGUUUGACAGGGAAAACACUGACUUUUCCUCACACUUGUAGCAGCCUCCUUCAUUCAGUAAGUUGGGAGGUUGGUGAAACUUUUAUUGAAUGAGUAUCCCGCCGCUGGCUGGCGCAUCUGGAUCUGGAGCUGUCAAGUCCAGCGCGAACUUUUAAGCUGGACCUGAUCUGACCCUCCUCUGUUUUUUUCCUUUUUCCCCCUUUUCUUUUUUAUCCCUAAACUUUGAGGCGGAAUAUUGGAAUUAGUUUGUAUCAAACCCUUCUUUCGUAAUUUUUUUAUAACUUUUUUCUUGUAUUUUUUUCUUUUUUUAAUUGCAAGGCACAAAAAUGGACUCGGUCCUCAGAAUAACAUGCGUCUUGGUGGUUGUCUUUCUCCUGGAUAAAAGGGUAGACUCCAAUGAAAUCUUGGGCCUGAAGCUCCCCAACAUUGACCCGAUCCUGAAUGCCAACACGGUGUGUCUGACACUGCCAGGUUUGACUCGGCGCCAGCUGGAGGUGUGCAUGCGUAACCCAGAUGUGACAGCCUCAGCAAUCCAAGGAAUCCAGAUUGCCAUCCACGAGUGCCAGCACCAGUUCAGAGGGCACCGCUGGAACUGCUCCAGCCUGGAGACUAGAAACAAAAUACCCUACGACAGCAUAGUCUUUAAAAGAGGUUUUAGAGAGAGUGCCUUUGCAUAUGCCAUCGCAGCAGCAGGCGUGGUGCACGCAGUUGCCAACGCCUGCUCCAUGGGCAAACUGAAGGCAUGCGGCUGUGACGAGAAACGCCGUGGGGACGAGGAGGCCUUUCGCAUUAAGCUGCACCGCUUGCAACUAGAGGCCAUCCACCGAGGGAAGGGUAUGGUGCACGGCGUCAUGGAGCACUUCCCCGCCGACCUGCCGGGGCCCCAGGACUCCUGGGAGUGGGGCGGCUGCAGCCCCGAUGUGGAAUUCGGACAGAAGUUCUCGCAGGACUUCCUGGAUGCCCGUGAGACCUACAAAGACAUCCACGCUCGCAUGAGGCUGCAUAAUAAUAGAGUUGGGAGACAGGUGGUGCUCGACCACAUGAGAAGGAAAUGCAAGUGCCACGGGACGUCGGGGAGCUGCCAGCUGAAGACCUGCUGGCAGGUCACUCCAGAGUUCCGGGUGGUGGGCUCAAUCCUCAAAGAGCGCUUCCACAUCGCCACGCUUAUCAAGGCUCACAACCGGAACACGGGACAGCUGGACCACUCCCACCACAACCAUCACAACCACCACAACCACCACAACCAUCACCACCAUCACCAUCAUCAGCACAACCACCACCAUAACCACCACCACACGCAUCGGCGGCGGCCCAGCAUCAACGAACUGGUCUAUUUUGAAAAGUCGCCGGAUUUUUGCGAGAGGGACCUGGGGUCGGACUCGGCGGGCACGCAGGGCCGGAUCUGCAACAAGACCAGCCCUGGCAUGGACAACUGUGAGAGUCUGUGCUGCGGGAGGGGCCACAACAUUCUGCAGCAGACGCGAAGCGAACGUUGCAACUGCAAGUUUCACUGGUGCUGCUAUGUGGUUUGCGAAGAGUGCAGGAUAACAGAGUGGGUCAGUGUCUGUAAAUGAAGAAACACACAACAAAAGACUAAAUAAAGACGUCAAGGAAAAGAGAGACAUUUUAAAAUCCAGACUAUUAUUCUUUUUUGCGGUGGACUGCAGUUUUUCUUUGCAGAAAAAGCGAGCAAGGACAGAGUGUGAAGCAGUUGAGCCAGCAGAAAGAUAGGUGUGCAUGUUGGUAAAGAGUGUGCACAUGCAGCAUAUUUUGUAAAAGCUGGCACAACUCAGAAAGCUUGGACGUGUACUGCUUUCCCCUUGAGACCACGGAACAUAGUUAUAUCAGAUAAAUAUCUGAAAAAAAAAUCUGUUGACUGACAUACAGCUGCAUGAGAUUCAAAUGAUCAAAAAAGGAACUUUAUAGUAAGCAGUAGAUUGCAAGCAGAAAGAAAAUAAAAUUGCUUCUUAGCAACAGCAACAUUGUAAGAUCUGCAUGAAACUUAAAAAUCUGUUUUAUUUCUCAAACAGAUCACACACUAAACAGUAGUUCCUCAGGCACCAAUCCCACAGCUUACAGUACAGCAAAAACCUAGUCACGAAAUACAGCAUUUGCCAUGUUUCCUUAUCUACUACAUACAGAGACAAAUGCAGAUGAUGUUCACAUGCCAGGACUCAUAGUGCACAGGAUUUGACACAGCACAAGCUAUCUGGAGCACUUAAGGAUUCUGUGCCUUGUUCAAGGGCAUUUUGGAAUUUUUUUAAUAUUUAUUUAUAGCAGCUAUCAUGGUGCACGUAGAAUACAUCAGGUGAUUGUCUGGCUCAGCUGGUACAUGUACCAGUCAGUAUAACUGUGCUGUAUACAUUAUGUAUAAACCUGCUAACAGUGGUAAUAAAUACAGUCACACAUUUAGGUAAACAGAAGGCUGAGUGUGGAGACUAAAAUAGGUCCUAGAACAGGGCAAACUACAUGGACAAUUUAAAUUACAAGGUUGCAUUAACGGUCCAAAGUUGGCCACUGUGGAAAGAUUACAACAAUGAUAAAUCUGAAGUCAAUCAAAAGACUGAUCUCAAAUAGUUUUGUGCUGCUUCCGUGGAUUCCUCAUAUCAGACCCUCGCUCGUAAAAGCACUUCCUUUCCUCUAAGGGAGGGUGUUGAGAAAAAUUCAGGCAGAUUAAGGAGCUCCUCGUCUGCACACGAUAAGAUUAACAUUGUGGACCUGUUUGAAAAGCACAGUUUGAAAACCUUUAAAACACAAGCUUGUGCUCGUGUUUUCAGACUAAACACAGUACAGAUAUAUGGUCCUGAAUUAUCCAAAAUGUGCCAUGUGUGGUCUGUUUGGUGUGUGGUAUGAAAUACAAGAGGAGUGCCUGAGUGCACAGUAAACCUUCAUUUAACCAGUACAGUUUUCAUCGUUAACGUAAUCUGAACACCAAUGUAAAUAAAAAUGAAUAAUGCUGCACCAAUGCCAUCAAUAAUUUGAAAGUGCCUCAGGAAACUGAGUGCACAUGAACAGACUCCAGUUCCUCACUCUAUAAACAUCCUAAACUGUCAUCAAUCAAAGUGUUUCCUGUUUUGUGAUGCAAUGUACUGUGUGCAACACUGUAAGCUUCUAGGAAUAUAUCACACCUUCUUCACACUUCUUUGACGUGUACAACGAGGAUGUCAACUUCAAAGUAUAUAAGUAAGAACAUUGAUAUGGAUUUCUGCCUAUGCACAUUUAUAAGAUCAUAUUUGGUCUCAAGAGACUUGUAUGAGUUAGGCUCCUUAUCAGACAGUGUAAUUUAUUUCAAGCAAAUAUGUUUCUGUGUCGAAAGCACAGAGCAGAUUCUUUGGACUCUGAUAAGUAGUUUGCACAUACAGAACUGUGUCCAGGAAAACUCUGGGAAGAUAUCAGCAAUAUGGAUUUUUUUCAUGUCAUAAAUGUAAUGUAUGUAUGUAUUUGUAUGUUUUAAUAUGGUUAUUAUCUAAGUUAUUUUAUUUUUGUUGAUAACUUAAUAUUUGUAAGACAAUAAAGACAGACCAUAAUAAUGAAAAGGUCUUUAAUGUGAUGAAUAAUAAAAUAC